AUGUCAACAGCGACACGAUUUCCUCGCAAGGCUUUCAAUGCAUUAAUUCCGAAGCCGCGUUCGACCUCAUUAGCAUAUACUUCUAUUUCGCCUCAAUCGCUCCGCCCUGUCCCUCUACGUACAAUCUUCACGCAAUCACCUUCUCGACGCGCUGAAGCCACUGCAACCUCUGGUCAAAGCAUACCAGCAACUUCCCAGAAACCUGCGGUAGCCGCCAAGGCCCGCACUCUCGACAAUCUCGAAGACCAGCCCUUGACGCUGCAAGAAGACGAUCCUUCAAAUGUCGACUGGACCAGGUCAUUCCAUGGUCUAUCCACUGAACCUUUCUCAAAAGAGGCGGCAGCUGUCUUGCUAGCACCGAUAGACCCCGAAGACGUUGAGAUCAAAUCGGAUGGCAUAAUAUACCUGCCUGAGAUCAAAUACCGACGGAUACUGAAUAAGGCCUUCGGACCCGGAGGGUGGGGAAUGGCCCCAAGAAGCGAGACGAUUGUCACGGACAAAUCAGUGACCAGAGAAUAUGCAUUGUUGGCGCAUGGCCGACUCGUCUCCAUCGCACGUGGCGAGCAAGCCUACUUUACGAAAGAGGGUAUACCGACGGCCGUAGAAGGUUGCAAGUCGAACGCCCUGAUGAGGUGUUGCAAAGAUCUAGGAGUCGCCAGUGAGCUCUGGGAUCCACGGUUUAUUCGAAAGUUCAAGGCGCAGAACGCCAAAGAGGUCUUCGUUGAACACCAAGUCACAAAAAAGAGAACGAGGAUCACCCUGCGCAAGGAGGACCGAGUGCCCUACCCUUACGUGGAGCUAAAAAAGUGA